GAGGUCUGGUCUGGCUUUGGUCUGUGCAGCGGGGUCUGGAGCUUGAGCUGCUGCUGCUGUCUUUGGCGCAGUUGCAAACGUGAGCGCGAAGCGUGUGAACGUGAUUUUGAUUUUUGGCCUGGGACUUGGCUGAUUCCUUCUCCACACGGUUUUCCAUCGCUUACACUGGGAAAAGCCAGAGCCCAACACGAAAGCGGGGCACCAGAGGUCGCGGAAAACUGCAUCCAAGCUUGAGCUGUAGCUAAAGAGCUCUCUGCGGUGUGUCGUCAAAUGAAAAUAUGGAUUUUACCACUAAUUGUUAUCCCGAACGUGAAUGUGAAUGUGAAUGUGAACCCGAGUGUGCGACACAUUUGUCAGCUGCUGCCAAUCGGCAGACGGACAUGCUAUAGGGUGCUCCGUUGCGUGUACUGUUACGUCGCGUAGUGUCAAAACAUUGCCAAAUCCUUGACAGAUUUCUAUUUGCCAAAAGCCAUUUGCCAAUCGCCAAGCGCCUUUCGCCCGUUCGCCCAUCGGCGCUCUUGGGAUAGUGUCGAUCGAGUGAAAGUGAACAAUGAAGCGCACCCAAAUGGAUAGGCGGUUUCGGAUCACGCAGCUAAUAACGGACGAUGCCAUUCUCUGUCUGUUUCUGAUCGUUAUGGUUGCUCUGCCCAUUGUUGCCACAGGAUUCGGCUUCGACUCGGCCAACUCUUGCACACCGAACGGCAAGAUGUCGCGUCGUGGCAGGGCCCAAAUGCUGGCAGCCAUUCCCUGCGAUCUGGGCAAGCAGGCAUUCUGCCAUCUGCCUGGCACCGCGUAUCCAUGGCAUGCAGUGAGACGAUUUGUGCACGAGAACCAGGGACUGAUGAAGCGCAUGUACGGGGACGUGCGACACAUAUCCAUACUGCGCGAUGAGAUCCAGAACAAUGAGGUGGAUGAGGACGAUAUGGAGGAUACGGCUGAGCGUUACAGCAAGGAUGGAGGACGUCGCAGCGCCAAGUAUCUGAUGCAUGGUCGCGAUCGAGAUCGUGAUCGUGAUCGGGAUGACUUUGUGAGCUACAAAGGGAACGAUGUGCUCAUGGAGCCGCACUUCCGACCAGUUUCCACGACCACAAAGGGAACGACAACCACAACCACAACCACAACCACAACGGAGACUCCAACCACCGCCAGUACUACGGCUAGAAGCUCCACAACAACCACAACUCCAGCCGCAACCACUACCACUUCUACCUCCGCCUCGAACUCAACCAGUACGAGCACCACAGCUGCUGCUCCACUAGAUGACUCCCCCGUGGCUCCAAAUCCCGACACGAAUAGUGUCUACGAGGUUCCCUCAACCUCAACGAGCAGCAGCAGCACUCCAACGCCAGGCACUGGGGACAACAUCCAAAUCAUCGAUUCACCUCAAUUGGGUUUGCGGAAUCUCAGCAGCGAAUCGAAGGCAGCUCCAGCGACACCCACGACUCUCAGGCCAUCCACAGGGAACAACAAAAGCUCCGCAGCCACGUCGGCCAGUCGCAGGAGAAAGCCUGCCGAAGCCUCCACCAUUUCCGCCACUCUGCGGGCUGUGCCCACGACUACAAGCACAGCGGUUCCAGCGACCACCACAGCCACCGUGCUGAUACGUCGUAAUGCGACAAAAGCCUCGCCUGCAGUCAUCCCAUCGGUAACGACGCCCGUCAGCUUUGCCUCACUGUUCUCCGGCUCUUCGACAGGUUUCAGUCCGGAGAAGCUGCGCAGGCCGCUGACCACAAGCACCACAGCAGCUCCCACGGCAGCUCCAGCUUCAGCUUCAGUUCCAGCUCUUAUUCCAACUCAGUCAGGAGCCGCAACUAAAGCGGGACUGGUGCGUGAGGGUCAACUCUUUCAGGAUGCCAUGAAACAGGAGCCAGUGGCUGUGAGCAGCAACAUGCGCGGAGUCAAUGCCUGUCCGGUUAAGGAUGAGGUGGUGGCCCCUUUCUGGGCAAACAAUACACGCGGCGAGGUGCUGGCGCUGCUCAAUCUGUAUCCGUUUGAGCAGUACGUCCACUGGGAGAAGUGCACACAGGAAUUCAAGCAAAUGUUCUGCCGGGAUGGCUGCCGCUGCGAGCAGCAGUACCGCCUCCAUCGUCUGCUGGCCUACGAUCCGCACAACGAGUGUCGCGGCAUCUUCUCCGACUGGUUCCGCUUCCCCUCCAGCUGCAUCUGCAAGUGCUACAACAUACCAAUGGAGUUCCGGGCCACCUCGCGCAGUCCACGCUCCGACAGUCGGAGCUUCGAUGCACCGCAGCAGGAUCCCGUGGAAGCCGCUGAGGCGGAGGUACAGCGAGCCAUCUACGAUCAUGCCACCGAGGAGUGGUACAGGCCACGCGAUGAUUUCGACUUUCUCGAGGGAUAGUUCUUAUGGAAGGGUACCCUGCCUUGUACAGUAGAUGAAUAGUUAUUUUUCAUAGAUUUCUGGCUAGUCUAAGCGUUGCAAAUAUUAACCAGUAGCAUAGUAAUAGCCAUAAGAUUAUCGUUUAAGCGGUGGCAUUAUGUCAAUGUAAAUAUAGGCAGACAUAAUGCCCGAUUUAGCCAACACUUUGAAGAGCGAAUGUACCUUGAAAUACUUUUUGAACAUAUCGCGGCCCCAGCGCCGUGUCCGAUGGUAUUUAAUUUACUUAAUUAUAAAUUAUUUCAGCUAUAGCUAGGCAUAAGUACAGAUUGGGAAUAAAUAAAUAUAUCAAAACAGUGGCCAUAACAUUAGCUAGAGCAUAGGGCGGAGCGGAGAACAAUUUUUGGAAAAAU